GCGUGUGACAGAUGCAAUUCUCAUCCCAGUCCUCAACAUCAGACCAGGGGCUUGUUCUCCAUUGGCCCCGUUCAUUGGACCGGCAAAGCACGGCGCGCUAUAACACCAUGCUUUCCUUCGCCAGACCCAGCAGAGCUCUCUCACUAGCGCACAUGACUUGCGCGCUGAGCGGGAGACUCAAUCCAGACGCACUUCAGCCCAGCGCAGAGAGGCGAGACUGAGAGAGAGCAGAGAACUGGCAGAUGUAUCUUACCAUAUUACUUUUGCUACUGCUGUAGAGAAGACGAGAGAGUGGGAUAAUGCAUCGAUAGAGGGUACCAGAAGAAAACAAAACCACGCAAGAGGAAAACCCCCAAAGUGACUGUAACAGAUUGAGCUGAAAUGAGACUCUGAUGUUUGAAGAUGAUAAAGAAACAUGCUCAGUCUAUUCCUGAAUGAGGAGAAAGCGAGCUUUAUGCCAGUCAUCUCAGACAGAAAUACAGAGUAAGCAAACAAAAGGCUUGUUGACUGGACUUGUUUUGCUCUCUUUUGGUUGGACUGUGUGCAUGGAAGCUUCGGGUCCCCCAUGGCGUGUUACUAUAUUGUUAUCAGCUCCACGCACCUCAGCAAUGGACACUUUCGAAACAUCAAGGGAGUUUUCCGAGGUCCUCUCAUCAAGAAUGGCAACAAACAUUUGGACUAUGGCGAGAAGGGAAAAACCUUGGCCAAAGCCUUGGAGGACCUCAAGGCAAACUUCUACUGUCAGCUGUGUGACAAGCAGUACUACAAACAUCAAGAGUUUGACAACCAUAUUAACUCGUAUGACCAUGCUCACAAACAGAGGCUAAAAGAGCUGAAGCAGAGAGAGUUUGCCCGCAACGUGGCCUCCAAAUCCAGGAAGGAUGAGAGGAAACAGGAGAGAGCCCUCAGACGCCUACAUGAGCUCGCGGAACAACGCAGAGAAGUGCAAUGUGCCCCAGGAAGUGGCCCAAUGUUCAAAUCUACCACGGUGGCAGUGGAAGGUACUUUCAGGGAGUCCUGCUGCGAUGAUACCCAGGAAGAGAACCAAAGCUUUGCAGCUCAGGACUCAGGGGGUCAGAUCCAUUCUAGCGGCUGUGGUUUAGCUAGUAAGCAGUCACCAUGGCCAUACAACGGGAGGGCAAAAAAGCAAACUUUUAGACGCAAAAUUGCAUUCUCUUUUUCCUUUCCAAAGAAAGCAUCUGUUAAGCUUGAGUCAUCAGCGGCGGUUUUCUGUGAGAGCACAGAGGAGGGAUUGAUGGAGCGGAGCCACAGACAAAGACUCCGAACACCCCCUGUCGAGCUUGACCUUCCCAGUUCCAUAAAUUGUGAGGAGGCAAUUUACCACACUGGCACACAGCAGGGCCAGCCCUUCCAAAAAACUGGCAGCGUGGGAAUUGAGGGGUCAUCGUAUAUAUCUGUGGGGACAGAGAACCCCUCAUCAGCUGACUCAGAUUUGUGUGCAUUGCUUGUUUAUUCAGAAGACGUGCCCAGUCCCUCAGUCUCACUGUUAUCCACACCCCCUUUUUAUUUAAACAAUGAAAUUGUUCUCGACUCUGAGUACUCUGUUGAGAGCCUGAAAAGUGGUAUUGCUGAAAGUAAACCUCAGACCUCACAGGAGUGGAAAGUAGAGGAGAGCAGCAGAACAGAGGAGCACUCGAUCACCAGUGAUCCCUCGGAAAAGAGUUUCUCAGAUGUAUCAGCAAAGAAUGAUUCUCUUCAAACACAAGUGCAAAAGGAGGAUGCGACUACAAAGACAUCUUGCCCUUUUACAAAGCCCAGCCAGCCUUUCUUCUCUGUCCUAAGCAGGGAUGGUAACACUAUUUUCCAAUGGCCUUCUGAGAUGGUGACCUUCACAAGGACAGAGCCAUCCCUGUCUUUCAGUUGCAACCCGCUCCACUUUGAUUUCAAGAGGUCACAGAUUAGAAGGUCCGUUGACACUCAGGAGAGGCCUGAGCCCAAAGCUGAUGAGGAAUCAUCUGUCUGCUUGGGUUUCAAAUCCUGCCACUCUGACAAGCACAUUGAGGAAUCAACAGCCAGCCCAAGAAACAGUCCCAGCCAAGGACCUGAAAGCAAGGUCAGGAAGUGUCAUCAGUAUUCAAGUGACACGGAGAGUUGUAUCAGGCUUAAAACAUAUGACAGGUGCAGACACUUUAAAGAUUGCAUCCACACAAGCAAAGUGCGAGUCAGGGAUCGACGUCAUUACAGGAGCCACGCCAAGAGGAAGAGGCGGCGGCGGAAGAAGAGGAGAGAGCGACACUGGGAGAUGGAAAGCAAUGUGGUAAAAUGUAAGAAAUUCCACAGACAACCUGACUGUGUGGAAGGACUUGAUAGCCAAUUUAGAGGGACCACUUCACAGAAAGUGCACCGAUUAGAGAAGUCAAAGCAAUCAGCUCAAAAUCAGGCCGAGGACAGCAGCACAGCUCCCGAAGUUGAGGAAGGGGUGGGAGGCGAGAGGCAGGAGGGACCAGCUGAAGAAAAUGGCUCAGCGUGCUGCAUCAUUCCCUCUGAUGAGUUCUGCGUCGAUGAUGAAAAGGUGCUUGGGAACAGCAGGAAAAAGCCAGACAAUCCAACUCCAGGGGAGCUAACCAUCACAGGACAGUGUUCACACAGCCAAGAUUCAUCUCAAAGUUCCAACGUAGAUCAGGUAUACCAAAAAGAGUUGUCUCAACUACAAGAGACUGACCAGAAUGAACUGUGUGGGGGAGAAAGUUUGAAAAGACAACGUAGGUAUUCUCAAAGCGAUGGAGAUGCGUCCAAACCAGAUGAGUUUUGUGAUCAAUGCUUAUUAGAAGAAAAUACCUCUGCAGGCACAGAACCCACCUGUUAUGAACACGGAAUGAGAAGGAAAAGACAGAGAUGGUCACGUGUGGAAGAUCAAACGCCAUGUCUUGCAAAUGAAUGCGCUAUUGUUAAAAACAGUACUCUGAAUGAACAGGACAAAGCUAUGGAGUCGCCGAGCAUGAACUGCCUUGUUUUAAAAGGCAAGUGUUACAGCUCAAAUGGGUCAGACCCAAUCUCAUGCAGUAUUGAUGAUGGAGAAAGCAGUGAGGUUGAUUCUCAGACAUUUACUUCCAUUAACUGUGCCCUGGGUCAUACUGUGGUGGAUCGUGGUGACUGGCAGUCGAGCUCCUCCUCUCAGAUCAAUGCGUCAUGCACCAAGGGCAGUCUAUCUCUCGAGACAGAUUUAAAUCAACCAAAGGAGCCAACAAAGGAGAACAGUAACAUCCACAACAGCGAGUGUAAAGCAGUCCAAACCGCUGUAAAGAAUUGUAACAAGUAUUCAGUGGCAGCUCAGGCCUGCCUGGUCAAUGUGAGAGAGUUAGCCCUGCAGAGGACCGAUAAAGCCACUCAUGACAAAUCAUGUCAGCAUAGCCUUCAAACCCCACAGCAGAGAUUUCACCUAGGCAUUCAAACUGAGGAGAUGUUAAGUAGGGAGUGCUUCCACACCACCAGCAACCUGUUUCAACACCCUCCAUCCUUCCAGUCCCCCUCCGACGGGAUGGACAGACACUGUCUCCUGCAGAUCCAGAGCCACGGACAGGUGCUACACCAGCAGGUGUUCCCCACCAAGCUGAAAUCUGUUCUGCCCAGGCCACAUCUGCCCAUGUCAUCUGCUGUUCUCCAUCCAGUUCACUUGUCAUCCUCCAUGCCUUCUGGCUCCAUCACGAUACGUCACACCAUCCUACAGCAUCAUGCCCCAUUUCUGCCCCCGCAGCCCCCUCUCUUCUCCCAGGUAGUGCCUGUUUCCCGAUUUCCCCUGGGACCGGAGAUCUGUCCCCCUGCUGCUCCUACCUUUGUGACUUCACCACAGGUGCAGGUCGUGGCACCACCUCCAACAAUUCACCCUAUGACCGUGACGUUUCACACCCUGCCUCGACCUGCCGUGUUUCCUCCCAUGUUACCUCCUCAUCCGACCGUCAUUCCCUUGCAGCCUCUCUUCUAGUUCUACAGAUAUGUUUGUUCUGCUGUAUCUGCAGUAUUGCCACCUUAGUUAGAAUGUUGAGAUAAGAAGGAAAGUAUCUGGGUAACAAGAACAGUUUUCUUGAAAUUUGGAAAUAUUGCUCAUUGUGUGCCAUUUUUUCAGUAGAGAUUGAUUUAUUAGGAAGUGUAUAACUCACCUACCUGAUUAUUCUGAUAAUAAUUUUUAUUAGAAAUGAUUUGAUGAUCAUAAUAUGGAGUUUAACAGAUUUUAUCACCAUAGUUUUAUCACAGGAAACAUUCAAAUACAAAUUUUAGGCGCACAUCAUAUAGUAGAAAGAACUGAUUAAAUUCAAUGAAUACUUAAAUAUUUAUGCUGUAGUCUAUAUACUCCUAGAGAUAAUAUCAAAUUGUUCUAAUAAUAAUAAAACUACACUGACAAUAGUGUAAAAUGUUUGCUAUUGUUUGCAAUCCGUAGUAAUAUGAAUACAGUAAGUCCCAGUAAGUGACGUUUACAGAGAUCUAUAGUAAAACAGCAGAGAAUUUAUGUAACCCAGACAUUCAUCAUGUGUGGCAAUGUUUAAACUGAUUCACCCUGGUAUUAGUGUAAGAUAGUAUUUUCUUUAAAUAUACAUCUGCUGAACCGGUCAAAGGCUAGCAGAAUGCAGCAGAAUAGCGCUACGCACUGUGUGCUACAUCAGCACUGUGUUGAACACAUACAUAGUGCUCAUUUAUAUGAGUAGUUUUUAUGCUAAUUAAAAGCCCAUAGCAUGUAAUGGGAACGCUGAAUGUGACUGUUGAAAUCUGUGCUGAUAUGGACAAAUUAUAUUUCUUAUUUUGCUAAUUACCGGCAGUAGUUUGGGCAAAACCACAGGAUGGGUUAUGUGUGGAUUUAUAUGUACUUCAAAUUGUAGAUCUUAUAUGCUGUUAUCUAAAUUAUUUGAAAAGAAGCACAAAAAUUGCCAAGUGCAACUCCACACAUGAGUGUUUUAUGUAUCCCUCAUAAUGUAACCUGCUUGGAUUAGGACAACAUAGGCUAGAUCUGUUCUAUUAGUACAGGUUUACGAACAUACUGUAGAUUACCCUGCCCUGUAACAUUUGUUUAGGGAAUUUUAUUUUGCAUUAUGCUAUUUGUAAACCCGAAUGAUUUAUAUGUACAAGAAUGGCCAAACGGUGUGCUAUGUAAACUGAAAUCAAUUGCUUUUUUCUGUUUGUUGACGUUUUUGGUUUUAUUGGCAUAUUACACAUGGAAAUAAACAUUACAAGCCUUGGUGAUAAAAUGCCUAACUGCAACAAAUGUUGAAUUACGUUUCUCAUGAAAUCCUGCUAUGGAAUAAUUCCAAAACCAGAAGUUCAGUUUUGUUAGCAAAGGAUUUAAUUUCUCUUGCUUGCAUCAGAUAAAAGACAUUAAACUCAAGAGGAGGAUUAAUUUACUUAUUUAAAGUAUUAACUACUGACAUACUCGAAUGCAAAAGCAAGUCUAGUUAGUUUGAAAAGACCAUAUACUUUCAUUUUCAAGGAGAUGUGUUCAGCUGGAAUUUAUGACUUGACUUUAUUAAUUUUGUCAAUAGCCAUAUAGAAAUUAGACAGUACUCAAUUUAUUUUUAUAUUGAUGAUCAACCAUGUUUUUUUACAUUUAAUUUAUUUUUUGCUUAAAAAGGAAAAAUAAAUAAAUAAAAAGCUGCACAUCUUCACAAUCAUUUUGCACCACUCCUUGUGACAAAUUAGCAAAAACAACAAUUACAGUAAUAUUUAAAUUAAUAAAUGAAUACAGUUUUGGUUUAUCUGAAUAUCCUUAAGGCAUGCAAUUUCUUUAUUUAACAAAAAGAAAACAAAAAGUGAGUGAGCUAGAGAAAAAAAGAGCCUGCUUUUUUAUUAUUUUGUUAUGAAUACCAUCAAAUUUCCCCCUUAAUACUGAUCAGUUUUGUAAACUGCAUAGGGAAUUCUGUUUUCCCUGCAUUUAAUUUAACUUGAUUUGAAAACUGUAUAUGCUGUAAAUCAGUACUAUUUAUAAAUCAUGUAAUAUGUAAUACAUGUACAUAUGUUUUAUGUUUUUAUUGUGCAAGGUACCCUGUACGUAUGAAUUAUUUAGAUAAGAUAAAACAACUAUGUUUUUUACGCCACUUUGCCAACUGAAUGAUGCUGGAGUAAUAUGUAAUAAAACAAAAA